AUGAUUAGCAAGAAUUUCAGACUUAAUUCAGGCAUCAAAAGUAAGAAUUUGAAUUAUAUAGUACAGUAUGUAUAUAAUGUAUGCAGUUUCUUACUAUGUAGGUCUUUAGUUUUAAUUGCAGCUUGAAGUAGAACCAGCUACAUAGAUUGUAUCUUGGUCCCGAACAGGAUAUUCUGUAAUUUUCCUUCCACAGAAGCAUUAAAAAGUGUGCCUCAGAAUGUGUGCCACAUCUUACAAUGAUGACAAAUCCUGAUAGAAGUCAUAGAAUGAUAGUUUCUGAUUAUGCAACUGAAACUUUUGUAUUGUGUAGAAACAAUUCUAUGCAAGUUAUCUGUCUUAGCCUGAGUUAUUGUGCCCACUUCUCCGGAAGUAAGCCCCAUUGCGUUCAGUGAGUUCAUGUGGUUGCUUUUACAGUAUUAGAAUCCCAAUGUAUGUAAAAACAAUUGUUUUCUGGUGUGUAUUUUGUAGGCCAUGUUGCUUUAGUUAUAUAGUUUCCAAUUUGUUUCUGGGCCCAAUUAAAUGAGCUAAUGUUGACCUAUAAAACAGUAAAUGACUUGAGGCCAGGGUUUGAAAGGCCACCUCCUCCUUUGUGAAUCCACUUGUAGAAUAUAGUCUUCUGAGACUUUGUUUUAUGUACCACCACCUAAAGAAUAAAAGUUGGUGGAAGCAUGGCACAAAGCAUUCCAGUUGUGGAAUUUCCACUUAAGAAAGGUGAGAUUGGCCCUAUACAGUGGUACUUCGGUUUUCAAAUGUAAUCAGUUCCGGAAGUCUGUUCAAGUUCCAAAAUAUUCAAAAAACAAAAACUGAAAGCGAAGCCUCAAAGUGGAAAACUCAAAAUGGAAGCUGCAUUUCCUGUUCAACUUCUGAGGCGCAUUCGAAAACCGAGGCAUUUACUUUCGGGUUUUCGGUGUUCCAAAAUCAUAGCAUGUUCUCCAUUGGGGUUUGUAGUUAAUUCCUGCAGGUUGUCUCUUUGUCCCGAAUUGAGUGCAUACAUGAUAAAUUGGUCAUCCAGCACUUCACAGUAUAUGCGGCUCCUAACAUUGCAAAUGGUACUUUAGAAAUGUUAGGCAUUGUAAGGAUCUUUGUAUGCAGUACAUUGAUGAGAUGACUGUUGUUCAUUCUAGGAUGGUGUAGUUGUGGAUCGAUAAUUAAAAAUGUUACGAUUAAUUGCUUUAUUCUUGGGAAAUGUGAAACUCCUACUAUAGCUAAAUUCAGCACACCCAAGGAGCUAUGAUUUUUAUUAUAAGUGCAUUCUUGUUUCUUACUGACAAAAAAAAGACAGUUUUGAAACUGCACAAUUUGGCCAAGUCUUCUAUAUAUGCAUGGUAUGCUUAUAAGUGAGUCCUGCUGCUAAUCAUGAUGAAGACACUGCAAAUGACAACUGAUGCACGACAAGUGCUAUAGAGUGCAAGUCUGUAGCCUGUGAGGUGUCCCCAAACAAAAUAGUGGUGCCAACCUUGGUUUAGCUCCGUUGUCUUGCACAUUUGCAUGAUCCUAUCACGCCAUGUGGUGCAAAUGAGGCGCACAAGCCUGAAGAGUUGAAUAAUCGUGAUUCUUUUUCUACUUUGGAUAUCUUUUCAGGGCUGUUUCACCUUGUUCUAGCCCUGGAGCAAAUUAAGUGUACAUGGUAUGGUCAUAAGCCAGGCUCUCCAUUGCUCUAGUGUUCUCUUCUAUUUCUUUGAACUGCAUUUCCUUUCUUAUGCAACCCCUAAGACUUGAUGGUGAUGCAUUUCUUCUUAAUUCUUAGUAACAUAACUGUUGAAAGUAAUCAAUUCAGGGUGAUAAGUACCUGGGUACUCCAUAUCCUGAAAUUUCUAUCUCUGCCCCUCCCUCCCUCUCCCUCUCUCUCUCUCUCUCUCUCUCUCUCUCUCUCUCACACACACACACGUGUAAUAUGGGCUCACCCUAUUCUUCUGAUUAUAAAUAGUUUUUUAUAGUUUUGUAAACCGCUCUGCAAAUUCAGUUAAUAGUUAUAGAAAUUAACUCAUGCAGUCAUUAACAGCUUUUAAGUGCUUUUCAACAUAGACUUGGAAACACAUCAAAUAUAGCUUGCUGCUUACAAGAUGUUAGGGCCCUCGCGCUCCACUGACAACAUCCAUGCCAUUAGAUAGAUACUUAAUAGAAAACCCCCUCCACUCUUGCUUUUGAAUUGUGUAGUGUAGCUGGUAUGAUGACAUGACUGAGCUGUAGUAUUUUCCGGAAAGUGGUGACCUUCAACUCUAGAGCUGUGAGAUGCAGUUUAAAUGAUUGCACCCAUGAUUGUAUGGAUUGAUGUGGAAUAAAAUUAAACUUGGGCGACAUUUUAUUGGGUUGUCAACUUUGAUUGUAACCUGAUAUGCUCACUCUCCCUAGAGUUUACAGUUUCUAAUGAUGAGGACUGUUUUAUUUCAAACUAGAAAUAAAAGCAACAAAAAAAAUUUAAAACUGUUUUUGUUUAUACUAGGUUAGAUCCAGACUUGAUUUUCUGUGAAUGGAAAGCUUGCAGAAGGGACUGGAUGCAGUGACUGCCCUUAAGAAUAUGAAGGGUGGGAAGCAACCUGGUUGUCAAAUGACUGUAUACUGGGGUGCAUUUUAGCCUAUGCUUGUAUUAAAACUACUACAUGAGCUUGGCCUUGGCAUAGCGAGGUGUGAGAUAGUGGCAUAGUGAAAAUGAGUGCAGAUUUUACUUUUUGUCAGUUGGCCAGAGAAACUCCCUUGUAAAACUUCCAUAUUAUACAUGAAAUCCAUAAUUAAUGAAGUGCUGAAGAUGAAGAUGGCUAUCAGAUAUUCAGCAACUGAAUAUGAACUGAACUGAAAAGGAACUGUCACAUACUGUUGCUCAGCAGUUAAGAUCAUUGUAGCCUGUAAAAGGGCUGAGCAACUUUGUUCAGUAUUGAGGGUCACAUAAAAAUGGAAGUUGGAAUACAUACAGUAUCUGAAGAUUCAGAAAACUGUUAAAUGCUAGAUAUGAUGUAUAUAUAGAUUACGGUAAUACCAAGCACUUACUCUGGGGUAGUCAGGAAUUGGUACUGUCAUUUGAAAAUCCUCAUUUUCCAAUGAUAGAAGGGAAUGUUCUUCACUGAGUUGCUGCAAAACUGACUUGUGACAUGCCUUUUGUGGUAGACAGCAUGCCUCUCUUCAGUCUUUCUGCCUUUAACCUAGCAGACAGGCUAAGCUCAAAAUAUAUCUGCCCAUAUAAUAAAAAUGUAAUAAUCUCACACUGCAGUUUGCUUGACUAUAGAUAAGUGGCAAUCCAAAAUACAGUGUAUUGGGAGGUGAUGGAUAUGUAGCUCAUAGAGGGAUUCCCAGAACAGGCUGCAGUGGUCUUCCAGCCCUGCUAGCUUCUUCACCUGUCAGUCUCAGGGCCCAGGAUCCAGAUCCACAGGCCAGCUGGUGCUGCUACUGGCCACUUUCCUUGUCUGUGGCUGAUGUUGAAAUCUGGUGCCAUGGAUUGCUAUAAAGAGUGGCAGGAGGAACUGUUUCCGCUUGCUUCUGAAUUUGUGGUAGCAAUAACAGCACCAGGAGGUGAAAAGCAAGGAGGAAGGCACACAGAAGCAGUGGCUUCUUACGGAACUUACAGAGAAAUCCUAACUCUUUGUUUCCUUACAGGCGAGUCCUGCUGAAUUAAGUGGGACUUUCCCAGGUAAGUGUGGUUAGAAUUGCUGUCUAAGACAUUAACAUUGCUGGUGUUAAAAUCUUCACUGACUCCCAGUUUAUUUCAGUGCUUUUCCAAGUACACUUGGUGAAUAGCUCUUUAAAUUUGUGUUUGUGUAGCUGUGAUUCUUGAAUGUUAUUGUGGUUCUUUUCACUUGUUAAGUUUAUUUUGGGAUAUUAAAGUCUUACUGCAAGAUAUGUGAUUAAAAAUAUAUAUCCUAUAUUUCCCUUCUCUGAUAGGUAUUUGCCAUGAGGUGUUGAAGCCUUGUUUUCACUGAUUUGGAGAGACUGGACCUAAAUGGCGCAGCAUGACUUUGCUCCAGCCUGGCUUAAUUUUCCUACUCCACCAUCAUCAUCAAAGGUCUGUUCUUACAGUUCAUUAUGAGUAUCAGCACCAACUUACCGUUCACCUUUGAAAUUAGCAGAGGUUGUGUAAACCAUUCAUUAGUAUACUAGACUCAGUAAUGCAGCUACUGUUAGAUCCUGGACUUAAUGAUGUAAUGACUCCAACCCUUCUCCCAUCCUCCCCCCCCCCAUGCUUUUCAAAGGUUUUUAUAUUCAAGAGAUAUUAGAACAAAAAUCUCAAAGAAAAACUUUUCCAAAAGGGAGACUAAAUUUCGCAAUUUAAACAGAUCAUGCCAUCAUGAUAGUUAUUACUAUUUAUUAAAUUUGUAUACUGCCCUAUGCCCGUAGGUCUCAGGGCGGUUGACUGCAGCAAUCAAAUGUAAUUUGCCUCUGCUGCCCUAAUAGUAAACACCACAAUUAACUUGGGAAUAAUCACCAAAAGUGCAUGCCUGGCUCACCUCCUUUUGACUGUAAAAUUCAUUUAAAAUAAGCAAGCAAGCAAACAGGCAAGAAAAGUGGUCAGCUGGUGCUGACCCUAUCUUCUUCCAGAUUUUUCUGGGUUUUUUUGUUUAAAAUCCUAUUGGUGUAUGCCUCUCUUUGUAAAAAUAGCCUAGUUUAAAUGAAACAUUAUUAUGAUACAAGCAUGUUAAUAGAACUUUGCCUUCCUCGCUUCCACCCCUGCAGCUCUCCACACAUCCUCAAAACCCGCUCUAGCGGGUUGGGGAACUCUGGAGCAGAUUUUGGGAACGCAAAGCCCCAUUCUGUUAGCAGCAGUCCAUUCAUGUAAUGCUCAGAUCUGCCCAAUAAUUUAUUGCUCUUUUUUAUAUCAUUGUUUCGCAGUAACAGCUAUGUAAUUUGGGGUUUUGUGGUGUGUGUGUGUGUGUGUGUGUGUGUGUGGUUGGCAUAAGUGUCAACCCUGUUUAUCUCAUCGGCUUGGAUCCAGAGAUUAUUUUUUUUUGCACAAGUGGAAAUUGCUUCCCCUUGAACAAAGUAGAUCUGCCUGAUUUGUCCAGUUUCCCUUUCCUGACUCCUUUGUCCCAUUCCACUCCGUUCCAGGGGUCUAUCAAUCUUCAGUCAAAACAUUUGGGUCUAGGGAGGAGCCAGAAAAACUGAUGUGUGAGCAGAGUUCCACUCCAUUGUCUCUGGAUCUUACCCAUAGUGUUUUGCUGGGAAAAUACUUGAUAAUUGCCGUAUUUUUCCAUGUAUAAGACUAUAUUUCCCCCCUAUUUUUUCAAGUUUAAAAUUGGGGGGGGGGGUCAUAAAAUUGGGGGGGGGGGGUCAUCUUAUACACGGACCGAGCAUAUGGGAGAUUUCUUUAUUUGGAGUCCCAAAAAAUAGGACUCGUGUUAUACAUGGGGGUGUGUUAUACAUGGAAAAAUAUGGUACUUGACUGGUCAAAUGCCCCCAAAAGAUCACCAUGGUUUAAAAGAAUAAGUCAUAUGUUGUGUUAAUGUGGACUUUGCAGUGGACCUGACAUCCAUUUAGAGACAAAGCUCACUAUGUUCUCGUCCUGCUUAUACUUGCCAUUUACAUGCAAUUGAAAAUGAGUAAAUUCUCUAACUAUGAAUAAUCAAACUCUACGGGACGCAGGUGGUGCUGUGGGUUAAACCACAGAGCCUAGGACUUGCCGAUCAGAAGGUUGGCGGUUCGAAUCCCCGCGACGGAGUGAGCGCCCGUUGCUCGGUCCCUGCUCCUGCCAACCUAGCAGUUUGAAAGCACAUCAAAGUGCAAGUAGAUAAAUAGGUACCGCUCAGGCGGGAAGGUAAACAGCGUUUCUGUGCAGUGCUCUGGUUCGCCAGAAGUGGCUUAGUCAUGCUGGCCACAUGACCCGGAAGCUGUACGCCGGCUCCCUCGGCCAAUAAAGCGAGAUGAGCGCCGCAACCCCGGAGUCGGCCACGACUACCGUAUUUUUCGCCCUAUAGGACGCACUUUUUCCCCUCCAAAAAUGAAGGGGAAAUCUAUGUGCGUCCUAUGGGGCGAAUACAGGCUUUCGCUGAAGCUUGGAGAGCGAGAGGGGUCGGUGCGCACCGACCCCGCUCGCUCUCCAGGCUUCAGGAAGCUAUCAGCAAGCCUGGGGAGCCCGCUGGAGUUCCCGCAGGGCUCCCCAGGCUGCGGAUAGCAGCCUGUCGCCCGGUGCGUGGGGCGCCCUGAAGCUGAGCGCCCCGCGCGCCGGGCAGACAUCCACAGCGUGGGGAGCCCUGUGGAUAGCAGCCUGCCGCCUGGCGCGCAGGGCGCCCUUAAGCAGAGCGUCCCUCGCGCCGGGCAGACAUCGGCCAGCCCCACAAGCUCGGGGGACAGCUGGGAGGCACAGCACUGCCAUACCGCUGUUCCCCGACCUGGUUUUGGGGGGGAAAUAAAGGAACCCCCUCAAAAAACUAGGUGCGUCCUAUGGGACGGAGCGUCCUAUGGGACGAAAAAUACGGUAGCCCUAAUGAUCAGGGGUCCCUUUACCUUUACCUUUACCUACAAAUCAUGCAGCAUGGAUGACUUGUAGAGAAAUCAUUUUGCCUAGCCUUCAUUUCUUGACAUUUAUUGGAGCUUGAACCUGUGCACACUUACUGAAAUGUGGGACUUAUUUGAAAAGUAAAUGUACAUUUUAAAUCUGGUGUUCAUCACAUUGGGCAGAAUCCAACUUUGUACAAGUGGAGCUCUACUCAUGCAGUGGGAUUUCUGCCUUCCUCUCCUCCUGCAGCCUUCUAUCUGCACCCUCAAGUCGGCUUCAGGACCCUCUGGAGCAAAAUUUGAGGGGCCUGUAAGAGGAAGUAGAGGAGGUGAAGUCUGAUGUGUGAGUGGCUUUGAAUGUAAUGUAUUGUUUUUAUUCACUCUGACUUGUUCUGGACAUGAGUUCUUGGUAUUUGGUCUGACUGCAAAACGACAUCAACUGCAUUAUUACAGUACAGGCAAUGGAUGAUUUUUGUGUGUCCAAUUGAUGUGCAUCCGUACACACACACAUUGUGGCAACCUGGACGUGGCCAUUGCACCCAAUGACCUGGAAUGCAACCCCCAUGCAAAUCAGGGGUGGGGGCUGUGUCACUCAAGUGACUGGUGAAUGUAAAUAUAUGUUUUGUAGUGCUCAUUUGUUUCUCAUUGACCUUAUCUUAACAUUCAUGUAAAACCUCAGGCGGGAAUGGGUGAAGCAAACUGGAAAUAUAUGUAGAGUAGUUUUAGCUAAAAAUGACUUUCUGGUUGCAACUUACCUACUUCGAAAUAUGUGUGGUGUGUAAAGAAACAACCCCCCCAACAAAACCCAGAAAAGAUCUUGCUGUGUAAACCUUUAAGUGAAAAUGCCACCUAGAUUCUGUUUGCAAGAUGUAAUACUUCUCUGCCCCCGUUCUUUGGUAGCAACUUGUUUUCUACCUUGCAAUAGUGUAAAGAUCAAUAAUAGCUUGAAAGCUUGAAAUCAACCAAACUUUUAACAACUCACUUUGCAAUAUCAGCAUUCUUGAUGGAACACUAGCUCCACCAUGUGCUGAAAUUGCAGACUGCAUGUUUGCACUUAGGUGCAAGAUUUCAUGAAACUUGUAUCAAAAUAGUAACACAAGGUAGCAGAUCUUUCAGUGACUUGAACAGUUGUACCUUGGUUGAUGAACACCUUAGCAGUUGAAUGUUUUGGGUCCCGAACGCCGCAAACCCGGAAGUGGGUGUUCUGGUUUGCGAACAUUCUUUUGGAAGCUGAAUAUCUGACGGGGCUUCCGCAGCUUCCGAUUGGCUGCAGGAAGCUCCUGCAGCCAGUCGGAAGCUGCACCUUGGAAGUCAAACGUUUUGGAAGUUUAACGGACUUCUGGAACGGCUUCCAUUUGGCUUCCAAGGUAUGCCUGUAUAGGACAUACCUGAAAGAAUAGGUGGUCAUGAGGAUGAAAAUGCAGGAGGUUACAAAUAGUUGGCAGUCUUAGCUGGUACAGUGGUACCUUGGUUUAAGAACAGAUUAAUUUAUGAACAACUUGAAUUAAGAAUGCUGCAAACCUGGAAGUAGGUGUUUUGGUUUGUGAACUUUGCCUUGGAAUAAGAACAUGUUUCGCUUCCUGUUGAGUGUGUUCCAUUUGUAAAUUGAGUCCUCCACUACUAUGGGAAAGCACACCGUGGUUUAAGAAUGCUUUGGUUUAAGAACGGACUUCUGGAACGGAUUAAGUUCGUAAACCAAGGUACCACUGUAUAGCUUUGUAUAGCGAUAACAAAGAACGGUGCCAUAGCAGUAUGACUUUGCUACUGUUUAAUUUGCCCUGGCUCACAGUUUCUUUUAGAGGUAAAUUAAAUUUUGUCAUUAUCUUUAAAAGCCUUUACAGUUUCGGACCCAGUUGUUUCAAAAGAUUCUUUAGCUUGCCAGGUGAGAUAAUAAGUUAGAGACCCUGUGCUUUGUCUCAUCAUCAUUGUGUAGGUGAGGCUAUAUGGUAGGACCUUUUUGAUAGUGGAGCCUAGGCUUUCAAACUUGCUCACCUAGGAAACCAGUUUGCUGCUCAUCUUACAGAUACUGUAUUCUAAUAGUUUAAAAUUGUGCUUUGUGAGAUGUUUUUACUGUAGAGCAGUUUCAUUCUUCUGGUUUGUUGUGCUUAUUAGGUUUUUUUUGCUGCUUAUUUUUAUUUAAAUACAUGUAUAUACUUACAAUGCAUUUUAAUGAAGUUUCUUUAUCUGUAUACUGCCUUAGAGGCUUUUUGAAGAAAAGCAGUGAUAAAUAAAUAUAUGUAAAUACAGACAUGCAAGUACAGACAAAUAUAUUUCAUGACAGUUAUACCUGGCAGCUACAGAACGCAGGUAAAAUGGCAGAGUGCUGCUUGUCAGUUGCUCUGGAAGUUUAUAAUGACUUUAUCCCACCUUUACUCUUGCCCUUUUAAAAUGUGGUUUUUUGGGGGGGCGCUAUUGGGUUGUUUUUAUUUUGAUUAUGUAUUUUGUGGUUUUAUAUUUUGAUUUUAUUCUUAAAGCCGCCCUGAGACCCCCGGGUAUAGGGUGGUAUAUAAAUGAAGAUGAUUUAUUUAGUGUUGCUGUUGUAGACCUCACAUAAUAUUUGUGUUUACUUUUAGUCAUCACUGAAUUUUGAGAAGCAUUCCGACAGCUUUUCAUGGACAGAGAACCGUUAUGAAGUUAACCGUAGGCGACACAAUUCUUCUGAUGGAUUUGAUCCUAGUAGUGGUCGUUCAAAUGGAGGUUUGUAUGUGUUUAAUCCUCCAGAUACAGUGUAACCCUAUUUUAUUUUUACUGUUUUUUAAGUGUUGAGCCGCUCCUAGUUCAUAAACCCUUUGAACAGUUCACUGUGUAAGCUGAAAUUGAUAUGGGUGACUGUAUUGGCUAAACUGAAAACUCCAUGCAGCACAACUACAGAAUUGCUCUUUGGAUGAAGAGUCAUAGAUUGUGCAUUAUCCUCUGUAGUAUAGCUAUAGGAGGGUGAGCGACACUUGGAUGUAUUUUAUAAAAUUACCACCCCAAAUUUACUUUCCAGUAUUUGUAUAUUGCAUAUUACUACACCAAGAAAAAACAAACUUUUUCAAAGUUGCGAUGAGUUUUUUUGCAUGUUCAUUGUCCCUUCUCUAAUAGUUUAAAGAAAAUUUAUACAUUAAAAUCCUGUGCUGGAUUGCCUAUUUCCAUUCUUUUAUGGGUGAUAAAAAGGUACCCCUGCCCGUACGGGCCAGUCGUGUCCGACUCUAGGGUUGUGCGCCCAUCUCACUUAAGAGGCCAGGGGCCAGCGCUGUCCAGGAGACACUUCCGGGUCACGUGGCCAGCGUGACGAAGCUGCUCUGGCGAGCCAGCACCAGUGCAGCACACGGAAACACCAUUUACCUUCCCGCUAUAAGGCGGUACCUAUUUAUCUACUUGCACUUAAGGGUGCUUUCAAACUGCUAGGUGGGCAGGAGCUGGGACCGAAAGCUAUGGGUGAUAGCUUCUGUUUAUUCUUUUGAAAUUAAUACUUCUGCUGCAGUUCACUUAUUACACAACAUACUUUUGUCUUUUUUCAACACUACUCCUCUUAGAUUUUCUGAGUGACUAACCAUGGGAUCUUAUUCUAAUUUUUAAUAUCAUCAAUCAUUUCAAUUAUUUCAGUUCCUAAUUUACAGUUCCACCAAACUUCAGUUAUUUUUAGUGUGCUGCAUUUUUAUUUUUUUCUGCAAAGUAAAUUUUUUGGAAACUGCUUGUAACUUUGCCAUUUUAAAAUCCAAGGGCAUUUGGGAAGAAAAGAGAGAAAUGGCUGGCGUUCACAAGGUAGAAAUGGCACUGAAAACACACAUCACAGAGUGGGAUAUCAUAGCGGAGGUUCACGUGCUCGCGCCAGUAGCUUUCAGUCUGGAAAAAGCCAAGGGUUGCAUGAAAAAAAUGCACCGGAAAGUGAGACUCUGAAAAAGGAAGACAAGGAAGAACCCAAACAAUUUGAAGCCGAAGAUUUUGUAAGUUAAUCAUAAUGAACUCAUUUACUCGCAGAAGUGAAUCAUUUAUGUGCUUUCAUUGAGCUUUAAUCAAGACCUCCAUUGGUAGAAGUGCACUCCUGACCUUUACUUGACAAUGGGAAUUUGGUGUCAGUGCUGAUAGGUGCUGAGAGCAAGUCCUCACUGGGAUCAGCUACAGUAGGGAGUUCCCAUUUGGGAACUUCUUAGUACAGCCAAUCUGGUGAAAGCAGGGGCUUGCAGUCAGCACUGAGCCCUACUUUCAACAGGGAUCUUAAUUUUCAGCCUGGGUUGAGUUAUUAUUUCAGGGAGGUUCCAGAUGAUUAACAGGUGAGUGGCCUUGCCAGCCUGUGAAAAUGGCCUGUGUGGUGUAGGUGACAUCAGGAUCUGGUCUGCCAGUGGGAUUCUGUUCCCAAACCCUGCUUUACAGCCUCCCUGGAGUGAGAUGGAAAGUAAAGAUAGCAUUGGAUAUUGCAUAGUGAUGACUUUGAACCCCAUAUCCUUGGGUGACCUCUAUUGGUGGUUUUAUGUAGAUUUCAUUUUGUUAGGUUUCAUUGAGUGAUGCUGAAAUAAGACUCAGCACCCUCAUUGGUAAACAUCAUUUGCCAGAUCUGAAUCAUCUCUCUAAAUUGUAAUAUUUAUGAUCUGGCACGUUAAAUUUUAAAUAUUGGAUAUUUUCCAGCAGCUCUUAAAUCAAACUGUAUUUUGUUUCCCCCCUUCUUUUCAGCCAUCCCUGAAUCCUGAAUAUGAGAGAGAACCAAACCAGAAUAAAUCAUUAGCUGCUGGUGUUUGGGGUAAGAGCAUUGGGCUUUAAAUUUCAGUAAAGCUUUUUGUGUGUCAUUUUGUUAGAAAGUGCCUUUGAAGUGAUAUUUAUUGUUGUACUUUAAGUCAGCUAUACUUUGUGAUGCUGUUUGAUUUUUGUGAUGCAUUUAUUGAGCAUUGAAAACUAUCAGAAUAAUGUGGCUGUGCUGCUUAUAAGGAGUUAUAAUGUGUGCACAAAAAAUAGCCACCACGUGUUAGUGUUCCUGAAACCAUGAUGGCUGUGCAUUGAUAGCGAAAAUUUCUGAUGCAAGUGGGGCCUGCAGCAGAAUGUUACAGUAUAUGUAUGCCACCUAACAAGAAUUAGGUGUCAGCCAGCUGUGCCCUCCCAGGAUAGUCCAUUCCGUGCUCCAUUCUGUUUUUAUUUUCUAACUAUCAUGCAGCAUCACAUGGCUACUAAGCAUGCUUGGUUAUUCUUGGGCCAUGAUUUGGGUUUUUUCUCACCUUAGGUUUUGUAUUUAAUUUUUUUUGUACUUCACAAAGACUUUGGGGUUCCUUCAAGUAUGCUGAUGCCUCCCUCUUUUUAAAAUCAUUUUGUUUUGUUUCAUGUCCUGCUGGCAGUCUUUUUUGGUGGGGUCAAGAUGAUGUUCUGUGCCUAAAACUGUUGGGACUGUUUUAAAUACUGUCUCUUCUUAGGUCAGACGGCUUCUUUCAGUUUCAUGGUACCUGGUUAUAAACAUGAACACUUGUUUUGCUAUGAUGAUCUACAGAGUGUAAGGAGAACUGUACCACCUGAGCCUCUUCAGUGUUUUCCUCCUGAAUUAAAAAAUAUCAAAGCAAUAUAUAAGAUUAAACUUUUGUUUCUUUGCAGAAUAUCCUCUGAACCCAAAAUCUAGAUCUCCACGAAUGCUGGUUAUAAAAAAAGGCAGUACGAAAGAUUUACAGAUAUCUGGAUUCCCUGUAGCAGGAAAUAUUCAUUCACAGUCAGUCAAGAAUGGAACUGGUACAAGUGUCUAUAAAGGUUUAGUUCCUAAACCGGUCAUUCCACCUGCAAAGGUAAGAUGCGUAUAAGUAACGUGUCUUGGAGGAGGGGAUUGCAGAUUGUUUUGUAAUGUUUUUCAUUUUCUGUGUUAAAGCAUCACAUGUAAGACACAUAUUAAACCAAAAUAAAUGCAACCCUGUUUACUCAUUUAUCUCUUGUACCUCUCUCUGUUUCUCAUUGCCUUCUCUUUUUCAAAAUUUAGAUUCCAAGCUUCUCAAGGAAGGGGCCAACCCUUCUCUUCAAUUAUUAUUAUUAUUAUUAUUUGCAUAUAUUGUCGUGUAGACUGUUGGUGCUAUAUAAACAUGUUCAGGUUCUUGUCAUAAACAUUAAAUAAUGUAAAGAAUUUAGUUUAUUAACCUGGUCAAAAUUAUUCAUCAUUUUGAUUUAUUUAGACAACACAGUGGAAAAGCCAAACAAAAGACAACAAACUUGGCCCUCCAUUUCCUCAUGAUUCUCCAUACGGUAUUGGAAACUUUAGUGCUUUCAAAUCUACUGCUAAGGCUGUUGGAUCACAGAAUUCAGUGAAAGAGGUAGAAAAAAAUUGGUUACUUCUUUUAUUUGGGGUAUUUCUAGUUUUGAGAAGCUAUGUUUCAUGAACUUGUGAUUUUUGAGAAUUAAAUGGAAACCUGAAACUAUAUUUAAAUAAAACAGAAAUACUGGCAGCUGAACAAAAUGAAAGAUUGCCAUGAAGUGUUUCUUCAUCUCAGUGUUGUGUGUUUUUCCACCUUAGUGUAAUCGAUCAAAUUCCUCAUCUCCAGUUGAUAAACUUGGCCAGCCUCGCUUAACCAAAUUGACUCGAAUGCGCACUGAUAAGAAGAGUGAAUUCUUGAAGACACUGAAACGGGAUCGAGUGGAAGAGGAGCAUGAUGGGCAAGAAAAGGUACUGUACUGCAAAUUUUGUACAGAGGGUCAUGUGUGUUUCAUUUUUUACAACAGAUGACUUUCAGCUUACGUGGGGGCUGCUUUCUGAGGAUAGUGCAUAAAGCCAAAAUUGUCUAUAGUCAAUGGGUUCAGUGGUGGGUGGGAUUGCCAGCAUCUUCUUUAAGGCUUGUGAUGCCAUGUUGAUCAUAAAGAGUGACGUAAAAUGUAGAUAAGGAUUGUCUUAUAUUGGGAAUCUACUUAAAGGAAUAUCUUCCAUAGUGAGCUUAGCAUAUGUUGGUCAUCAGAACUUACUGACUCUAUCUUAUGUAGCUUAAAAUUAAGCUGUUUUAGUGAGUCCUGUACCACACACCAAAAGUAAACAAAGGUACUUUGUGCUUCACAAUUCAGAGGUAACAGUCUCAUUAGUCACAAUGUCUAUAUGCUCUCCCCAGAAUUGGAGGCAGUGUGCCCCUGAAAGACACUUGCUUGGGUGGGAGCAACAGCAGCAGAGUUCCGUUGCACUCAUGUCUUGCUUGUGGGUUUCUCAGAGACAUCUAUGGCUUCUGUGGAAAAUGGAAUGCUGGACAAGCUCUAGCAGUGCUCUUCUACGGGCUUAACUUCCAGUGGGAUGCAAUAUGUAGGCUUGUUGUGUCUUUUUAUAUUCAUGCAAAUCAUGGACAAUUUUUUUUGGAAUUUACUCAAAUAUGUGACUUCUUUAACAGGAUGAUGAUGAUGAAUUUAAUUUACAUAACAGCAACAAUGGUCACGAAGAGAGGGACAUAAACCGAAACUUUGAAAAUGAAAUUCCUCAAGAAAAUAGAAAUGCUAUAAUGAUGUCUCAGCAGAUCAUUCGGUCUUCAACAUUUCCGCAGACCGAUGUCCUUUCAAGCUCACUUGAAGCAGAGCAUCGGUAUGUAUUUUUCCAAUUAUUGACAUGGUUUUAACCUGUUGAAAAAUACUGCUUGCUGGAAGGAUAGGUAUACAGCAGCGGCAGGGAAAUGUUUUGACCUGGUGGAGCAGAACCUUGUCUGUCCAUGGGCCAACUUUUGACAGGUAGGCGGGACAACCUGUCAGUCGACUGACAUCAAUUCCCAGUGGAACUCAGUCAUGCAGUUGAUCCAGUAGGCUUGAACUCAGCUGAUGGGCAGUGACUUCAUCUUGGUUUUCUGCAAGGAUCAGCUAUGCUAUCAUGUUUCUCGGGCAGAACAGCAUAGCUGAUUAAGCCAUACUUCCACCUGCCCCACACCUGAUGUCACAUGAUGACAGGUGUAGGGCAGGUGUCUCUGGUUUGGGGAAAAUAGUAUCAUGGGCAAAAUUUAGCCCCUUGCCUGGCCAAAUUUGACUUGAGGGCUGAAGGGUCCCCACCCCUUGUAUACAAGGUUAAGUUGGCUUACAAUAGGAAUUAACUUGAUCGUUUUGAUCCAGUAUUUCACAUACUGCAUAUAAAUAGUAUGUUCAGUUUCUUGAAUGGAGUUAUUGUAAUUCAGCUGUAUGAUCCUUGAAGUGUUGUUUUAUUUAUAUUGUUUUAAGUUGAAUAUUUGCCUCUGUUGUAUCCUAAAGAAUGGGUUAGAAAUACAUUUAAAUAAGCAUCCAUGUACAGACCCCUUUCGUGCACUGGGUUUUCUGAUGUAUUGAUGUGCCACUGUUCUUUCUCGACUGGGAAGAAGAGAGGCAUGAAGAAAAAAUGGGCAGGGAAGUGAAGCAAACCUUUUGCUUUUUCAAUCACUUUCUCCAAAAAGUCUUAAGAAUGCAAGGUUGUGAGAGCUGGCCAGAAGAUGGAUUAAAUUGCACCCUUCAGAGCAAUUAGAUUGGGUCUGGAGAAUGAAAGUUGCUGAUCUUUUUAUAAAUGUACACAUUUUUAUUUCCUUUGUAAAGAUUGUUAAAGGAGAUGGGUUGGCAGGAAGACAGUGAAAACGAUGAGACCUGUGCUCCGCUAACUGAGGAUGAAAUGAGGGAAUUUCAGGUCAUUAGUGAACAGGUGAGAGCGAAAGCUAGCCCUACAUAACUUGAGUUUGUUAUGUUUCAAGUGAAAUAUUCUAUUGAGCUGGAUAGAAGAUGGACAUCUUUCUUACAUUCCAUAUUGAAGCAUUUCAGUGUUAAAAUGAUCAACUAGUACCUUCUUAAUGCCUGAGAGAGCCGAUAGCUCAUAUAAGCCUCCAUAUUUUUGUGCUGCCCGCACAACUAUUUAUGGUGGCAAUGGGAAUCUUGUUUUCCUAUAAGAGCCUGUUUGUUAGAUACACAUUGGUGAGUGUUUUAAAUUACAAGGGCAAGAGGUUUCUUACUGUUGGUUGACCUCUUAUUUAAACUUUUCGCAUCCUGUUCCAUCCCUUAGAUUUGAGCCUUGAAUAUUGCAGGGGGAAUUUCCAAUAUUUAGUCUGAGGAAAUAUUUUGUAAAUCUACUGGUUCAGAGAUACAGGAGGGGAAGAUGGGUAUCUAGAAACUAGGUAAUUCCUAUAAGACCAUAGACCCCUAUUUGAAGGGAUGUUUGAACUAUUUGAAUUGGGUUUGAAAUGGGGUUCAGCUUACUAAUGGCUGCAGAAAGUUUUGUGUAUUCAUAUUAAAGUAGCCUCCCCCCUUUAUCCAGUUCAGCUUUAUAGAAUCAGGGUUGUGGCAGUAGAGACAACUUACUGUAUAUAUGCAAACAAUAUGUAAACCACACUCAGUUUAUGGGAAAUGGAAUUGUAACUAGAGAUUUACAUCUAUGUUCAUGGCUCUCUUUAACCUCAUACUUUGACUUGAGAUCUAAUGACAGGAAUCUAAUUACAUGCUUAUUUUCAUGUUUGUUACUAAAAAAACCCCAAAAACCCCUGGAAAUGCAAGCAUCUACAAAACAUAGUACUAAUGCCAUUGUUGAAUCUUGCGAAGUUAAUUUUUGUUACCAAACGUGAAAUAUACACAUGCUUAACACCUUGUACAAAAAUAAAUGCUUUUCAUUCUGCCAUUUUCAGAUAGCUAAAUUGAUUUGUGCUUUAAAUUUCAGUUACAAAAAAAUGGCCUUAGGAAAAAUGGUAUUCUAAAAAACGGCCUCAUCUGUGACUUCAAAUUCAGUCCCUGGAAAAACAGCACUUUCAAACCAACAAUUGAGAAUGAAGACACGGAGACAAGCAGCAGUGACACAUCAGAUGAUGAUGAUGUGUGA